AUGUCUACCAAAACACAAUCAAAAAUUCAAAAAUCAACACCGCAUGGGCAAUCCAAGCAGCAUCUGCAUCUGCAGCUGCAGCUGCAGCUGCAACAACAACGACAAUCGCUAUCUUCCUGUCAAAAGAAAGGCCAUGGUCCAACUAAUUCUAAGAUAAAGGAAUACGAGUCACUCAAGCAAAAGAAUAAUAUACUCAUGAAUAAAAUAUAUUUACAUUUAUUUGAAUUCAUAUCGUCGCCGCAAUUUGAACGGUGUUUCCCAGUAUUGGAAUUUCAAUCUGCUAUAUUGUUGAGUUGUAUUGAUUUGAUAAAAUUGGGGAAACUAGGGUUGCUGACAGAGACAGAAGUAAAGACAAAUUCAGAGGUGACAAGUAAUAGAAGUGGUAGGAAGAGGUUUGACCUAAAUGACUGCGACAGGGGGGAGAGAGAUAUCAUGCGUAUAUUGAUUAGAGCAAAUGACUGGAUGAAUAAAUGGGAAUCGGUGGGCAAGGCUAAUUGUUGCUGA